AUGACAAAGCUUUUUGCAAUCCUCAUUUUUAUGCUUAGCUUUCUCACCCUAGAAACCGAAUCAAUCGUUACUAUCAGCGAGCAUUACUGCUCGAAUUCAAGCACUUUCACUCGGAAUAGCACCUACGAGGCAAACAUCAACCUUCUCCUCCAGUCCCUUCCCUCUCUCGCCAACUCGAGCAACGGAUUCUUCAACACGAGCGAAGGGAAGCCAAGCAAUGCCGACGCCGUAUACGGUAGCUUCCUAUGCAGGGGAGAUGUCACUAAGGAUGUGUGCAUGGAAUGUGCGACAGAUGCUAGUGUCAGGAUCAAAGAGAAGUGUCCUAUGGCCAAAGAGUCCAUCCUCUGGUUUGACCAGUGCGUGUUGCGGUAUUCGGACCGUAACUUCUUUUCAGCCACAGAUAAAGCACCUCUUCUGGGCGGGUAUAAUCCAGAGAAUGUGAAAGAGCCCGCCGAGCUCAUGGAGCUAUUGAACAAAACAAUGGACCAGUUGAUAACUACCGCCACUGAACGAUCCGAUAAGAGGUAUGCUCACAAAGAGGCCUUAGAAAACUCAACGGGCACUAUUCUAUAUACAUUUGCCCAGUGCAGGCCUGAUCUCUUGGUGGCUCCCUGCAAGGAUUGCCUGCAGAAUGUGACUUCGAUUCUCCUGACAAAUCAAACCGGGAAAAUCGGGGGCAGAUUCUUGCUUCCGAGUUGCUUCGUCAGGUUUGAGAUGUAUCCGUUCUAUACAGUCGAAAAGAAAAGGCAUUCUUCAUCAAGAUUAGUUGUUGGGAUCGCUUCUGCAACUUUGGCAGUUGUGCUACUUUGCAUCGUGCUCUGCUUUACCCUCAAAAGAAAAAGGAACAAGAGAAACCAUGUCGAAGAAGAUCCUAUUGUUGAGAGCGAAAUGACGGAACUACAUUCCCUGCAAUUUGAUGUGGGCACAAUUGAAGACGCCACAGCUUACUUCUCUAAUUACAAUAAAUUAGGCGAAGGCGGGUUCGGUCCAGUUUACCGGGGUACACUUCCUUGUGGGAGAAAUAUCGCAGCAAAAAGGUUGUCUCAAAGCUCGAAACAAGGCUUACAGGAAUUCAAAAACGAAGUCGAAUUGGUAGCCAAGCUUCAGCACAGAAAUUUAGUGAGGCUAUUAGGAUUUGCCAUGGAAAGAGAAGAAACGAUACUAGUCUAUGAAUAUGUUCCCAAUGGAAGCCUCGACCAGUUGCUUUUCAACCCUCAGCAAAGCAUACAAUUGGAUUGGUCGGCCCGCAACAGGAUCCUGAUUGGGGUGGCGCGUGGUCUUCUUUACCUUCAUGAAGAUUCUCGGCUCCGAAUUAUCCAUCGUGACCUCAAAGCUAGCAACAUUUUGCUUGAUGACAAUCUGAACCCGAAAAUCUCAGACUUUGGUAUGGCUAGGAUUUUUGGUGCUGAGCAGACUCAAGGAAGUACAAACAGAAUCGUCGGAACUUACGGCUACAUGUCUCCUGAAUAUGCCAUGUACGGACAAUUUUCAGUAAAAUCUGACGUGUUCAGCUUUGGUGUGCUAAUGCUUGAGAUCAUAACGGGCAAGAAGAAUCAGGAUUCUUACAUAUCAGAUCACGGCGCAGGCCUUCUCGACUACGUUUGGGAACACUGGAGAAUCGGAGCACCGUUGGAAAUUGUGGAUCGAACAGUCAGUGAAUCUUGCUCGGAAAGCGAAGUGAUCCGAUGUAUUCACAUUGGCUUGCUUUGCGUUCAGAACGACAAAGAAGCCCGACCUGCCAUGGAUACAGUUGUUCUUAUGCUUAGUAGUGCUGAUUCCAUUAGCCUUCCCGUGCCCGAGGAACCUUCAUUCUCCAUCACAAGUGUGAAGCACAAACAACAAUCUCAAGAUCGAAACUCAAAUCGAUCUAGCGAGAAGCUCGAUAGCAGCAAGACAACGCCGCAAUGUUCAGUGACCAGCGGCUGUCUUACUGAUGUGGCUCCUCGAUAG